AUGCCGGCGAGCGACCUCGACCUCGACGACGACGACGAUUACGGUCCCUCUGGCAGCAACGCCGCCGCUCCUCCCAGCAACGGCGCCUCAGCACAGCCGAGUGGAGCCGUGCGUGUGCAAGGCACGCAGCGCAUCCCCGGCCCCGUGGGCGCCCUUCUGAGUGCGCCCACCGCGCUACCACACGGCGGCGCUCCGCCCGAGCAACUUCCACGGCGAGGCUUCCGCAAGACGGCCGCCCUCCUCCACCUCGAGUCUCUCUUUCCGCGCCCGACGCCACCGCCGUUCGUGGAACGCUGGCCGCCGCCAGACAGGCACGCGGUACCGGAGCUGUGGUCGCUGGCCGAGGUGCGCAGCGCCGCGUGCUCGCUCUCUUCGCUCAAGGGGGCCAAGCCGGUGGUGGUCCCCAACACGCUCCUCGUCCUGGUGAGCUCUCUCUGA